CCCGUCGUCUGCUAUAUAGAUCGAGUUCGUGGUCACGUAACCGUUACACGAACUUCUGACGACAGCUUAUUACUUCUAAAACCGACGACUCAAUUUCACAAAGUUACAUAGUGUCUUAAAAUGCACCCAAGUGCCUUGCAUCAUGUUGAACUGUGUGUUGCUAACGGCAGGAAGAUCGUUUCCUACUUUACAGACAAACUUGGCUUUUCACUUAGAGCACGAAGAGAUACGUUGUUAAGCAGCCAGUGGGUUGUUGGAAGUAAAAAAUCCAUUUUUGUUGUAACCGAGAGGAAAAACUUUUACCAGGAACAAUCUGUGCCGUUCUUAUAUUUUUCUCCGCCUGUUCGUCAUGUUGACACUGUCUUCAAUGUAGCUUUGGAAGUGAAAAAUUUAGAAUCCGUAACUGACAGGAUGCAAAAAGUUGGAGGUAAACUAUAUCAUCCUGUCACAGAAGUAGAAGACAAAAGAGGAAAAGUGAGAUAUUCUAUUGUGGGUUCCUGUUGUGGCAACAUAGUCCAUACCCUUUUGGACAAAUCACAGUACAUGGGACCAUUCCUUCCUACAUUUAACUGUGCUUCUGAAGAUGAAAAGAUUCAAGGAGAAGAACCCAUCACUCAUAUUGAUCAUUUGACAUAUGUCUGCUGUCCUGGUGAAUCACCUGGUAUUAUAAAAUGGUAUCAGGAUUGCUUGGGCAUGCAAAAAUUUAAGACCAACCCAACUGAAGAUCUGAAAGAAGGCUUGGUAAUCAACGACGGUGUUGGCAUGAGGCUCCGCGUUAUAGACUAUUGGCCCUGCGCUGAAUCGGGUGUUUGCAAUUCCAACCCCGAUGGCAUGGACGAAUCUUCGUUGAAGAUUGUCAUUGCAGAAUCUCUUCCCGGAAUAGAGAACUCGCACAUUGGUGCCUUCCUCAGCGGUCACGGAGGACCGGGUCUUCAGCACAUCGGCCUCAGCACAACUGACAUUACCAGUUGCGUGGAUGACAUGAUACGAAAACAAGUUCCAUUCCGAACACCGCCUGCAGCAUAUUAUCGCAACGAACAGAAAAAGAAAGAAAUCCAAGCUGCUGGUUACAACAUUCACGAAUUUCAGCGGUUAGGAAUUCUGAUCGACUCUGAAGCAGAUACCAGCACAGAAAAACAUGACAACAAGUUUCUACUGCAGAUCUUCACACUUCCAUUGUUCAAGGAAGAAACGUUUUUUAUGGAAGUGGUACAAAGACAAGGGGCUCGAGGGUUCGGUGCCGGCAACGUCACAGCUCUAGCCCGUUCGAUCGAGGAGGAACAACAGAUUAUGAAAAAAAAAACUGCUCAAAUCUAA